AUGCCGGCAUCAACGCGAGCCACAGCCCUGCAGAGCCGCCCGCCCGGCGGGCUGGACCCGCAGCUUCCCUGCCACGGGGGGGCGAGACCGGGGGAUGCUUUCCACCCGGAUGCCGCCCCCGCGACCCCCGCCCGCCGGUCUCGGGGCAGCGAGAGCACGGAGGGGCUGGGGGGCCUGUCGCCCGGCGAGCUGACGGCCAUCCAGUGCAAGAACAUCCCCGAUUACCUCAACGACAGGACGGUGCUGGAGAAGCAUUUCGGCCAGUUCGUAAAAGUUCGACGGAUCAUGACCAGGCGCAAUAAAAAAAUGGCUGUUCUGCACUUUUUUGAUCAUGCCUCUGCAGCUCUUGCCAGAAAAAAGGCGAAAGAGUUGCACAAAGACAUAGUAACAUUUUGGCAAAAGAAGAAAACAAGUCCAGCAAAAAGAGAAUUUUCGUGCAAGGAGAAGAAAGCAGGUGAAGAUGAAGGAAGGCAAAGCAGUGAAGAGCAAAGCUAUCAGCAUUCCCCUCUUCGAAAACCUUUGAUAAGAUCCUCUGCCGGCAGUGUGAUGCCUGGUAAAAGUUCUCCAGCAAAGAAGCCUGGUCUUCGAAAGGCGCUGCAGUUUGAAGCAGAUCUGUUUGAUUCUAGUUCUGAAGGGCAGAGCUCAGAGGCCUUGGGAGCUUCAUUGUCAUCUCUUGGUAACCUGGUAGGAUUAGUGGCCGAGACAUCUGAAGAAAGAUACCGUCUUUUGGACCAAAGGGACAAAAUUAUGCGACAAGCUCGAAUAAAAAGGACUGAUCUUGGCAAAGCAAAAACUGUUGUUGGCACUUGCCCAGACAUGUGUCCUGAAAAGGAGCGCUACAUGAGGGAGACGAGAAACCAGCUCAGUAUCUUUGAAUUGCUUCUAGGAUCUGACAAGGUAGAUCAUGCGGCAGCAAUCAAGGAAUAUAGCAGGUCUUCAGCAGAUCAGGAGGAACCUUUGCCCCAUGAAUUGAGACCCUCUGAGGUGUUGAGCAUGACCAUGGACUAUUUAGUGACAAACAUUAUGGAUCAAGGAGAAGGAAACUACCGAGAAUGGUAUGACUUUGUCUGGAAUAGAACUCGUGGAAUAAGAAAGGAUAUAACCCAGCAACAUCUCUGCAACCCACUGAUGGUGUCUCUGAUUGAGAAGUGCACUCGUUUUCACAUCCAUUGUGCUCACCACUUGUGUGAAGAGCCCAUGUCCUCCUUUGAUGCCAAAAUCAACAAUGAGAACAUGACUAAAUGCCUGCAGAGCUUGAAGGAGAUGUAUCAGGACCUGGCUAACAAGGGGAUUUACUGCAAGAGUGAAGCGGAGUUCAGAGGUUAUAAUGUCUUGCUGAAUCUCAACAAGGGUGAUAUUCUCAGAGAAGUACAGCAGUUUCAUCCAGAGGUUAGAAACUCUCCUGAAGUUAGAUUUGCAGUUCAAGCUUUUGCUGCAUUAAACAGCAACAACUUUGUGAGGUUUUUCAAGUUAGUGCAAGCAGCUUCCUAUCUGAAUGCCUGUCUCUUACAUUGUUAUUUCAACCAGAUUCGUAAAGAUGCUCUCAAAUCUCUCAAUAUUGCCUACACUGUGAGCACCCAAAGAUGUACAGUGUUUCCCUUGGAUCACCUCGUCCGCAUGCUACUGUUCAAAGAUUGUGAGGAAGCAACCGAUUUUAUAAGUUAUUAUGGCCUGAGUGUAUCUGAUGGUGCUUUUGUGGAGCUGAAUCGCUCGGCUUUCUUGGAGCCAGACGGAUUACCUAAACCACGUAAAUCGGUGUUUGUCAGCCAGAAGCUAACUGUCUCAGUUGGGGAAGUUGUAAAUGGUGGGCCGUUGCCCUUAGUGCCUCACCACGUGCCUGUGUCCAGUUUCAAUGGACAGAACAAGUAUACUGGCGGAAGCACCUCUGUGGAUCAAGCUAGUGGUAGCCAAAAAUCCAGCAUGGAAGCAACAGAAGGAAGAGUGGAAAGCAAAGGUGUGGAUUUAGAUGCCGCAGCAGCAAUCUCCCAACCUGCUGGACAACCUGAGCCUCUCUCUUCAAAGCCUCAGCCUGUCUACACAGACACAGACAUUGCCGAAGUGGUGGAUGGGCUUGUGCACGACGUCCUCAAAGGAGAGUGCAGAGAAGUUGGCAGAGCAGGAGUGGCUUACGUGACUGCUGCCAUCUGCACCUCAGACGCCACCAUGGAGGAACUUGUGACUGAAGUGAUGGGGGACAUCCUCAGACAAGUGGCUGGAAGUGUGCUUAGUGCAGAAAGGGAGCGUGUCAAAGAGGAAAGACGCAGAGAGGAGGAAGAGAGGCAAAAGCAGGAAAGAGAACAGUUAAUAAAGCAGUUGAGCCAUGUGGUGGGUAUGGAGUUAAUGGAAGAAGUAAUAAAGGAGAGUGUUCGAGAAGCUUCAGCCAAUGAGUUAAAAUGUGCCUUAGAAAGAGACCAGCAAGCCCGUAUUGCCCGGUGUUCAGAAGAAGUCUGUGGUCAUGUCAUGGGCCUCUUUCUGGAGGAUGAGAUUUUCCAGAUUGCUAAGGAAACCCUUCAGGAGCUCCAGUGUUUCUGCAAGUACUUGCAACGGUGGAGGGAGGCAGUGGCAGCUCGAACGAAGUUGAAACGUCAAAUGAGGGCAUUUCCAGCUGCUCCCUGUUGCGCAGAUCCAAAAAAUAAACUGAAAGCACUGUCCCCCAGUGCUGAGUGGCCUAUAGCCAUGGAGAACUUGUGCAAGAGAAUUGUAAACCUGGGGAAUGGAGGAAAGCUGGGGAUCUCUUGCACGAGAUUGAAUUGGCUGAGAAACAAGACUGUGCAUGAAAUUAAAGUUCAGCACUUCUACCAGCAAUUGUUAAGUGAUUUAGCUUGGACUCCCCUGGAUCUUGUCUCAUUAAUCACUGAACAUAUUCCAGUUCAACAAGAACAGGUUUUUUGGAAGGUGCUAUUGGUUUUGCCAAAUGAUGAUGAAUAUGCAGAGGAUGAUCCCAACAGGGUACUGGUGGAUUGGUUGAAAGCCAAAUUUAUGGGAGACAAAAGCUGGAAGAAAAAUGCUUCACAUACAGAAGGCAGAAUUCAAACACUGACGUUAUUUAAUUUCCCUGGCACACAAGGGAGCACAAGUAUUAAAGUCAGUGUGUGUGUAAAGGUGGCACAUGGUGCGCUGUCCGACUCUGAGCUUGAUACAGCUGAGAUGCAGAAAGACUUGCUUGGAACCAGUGGUCUCAUUCUUCUUCUGCCCCCUCGAGUUAGGAGUGAAGAUGUUGCAGAAGAUGAUGUUUAUUGGCUUUCAGCUUUGCUGCAGUUGAAACAGUUGCUUCAGGCCAAACCUUUCCACCCGAUAGUUCCCCUGGUGGUUCUAGUCCCCAGUCAGGAAGAGGAGGCCACAGAGAAAGAAGUAGAAGAAGGUUUGAUGCUCCAGGACUUGAUUUCAGCCCAGCUUAUUUCAGACUACACCAUUGUUGAGCUCCCAGGUUCAAUCAAUGACUUACAAGGCACCAGAAGGAUCUCUGCGGCUGUGGGCUGGCUGGUUUCCCAAUGCCCUGACUCCCUUGAGCUCUGCAGUCAGACCCUUCGGGAGUAUGUCGAGAAUGGGAUUGAUGGUGAAUUUGGCAAGCGCUUCUACCAUGACUGGAAGGAGAGGCGUUUAGCUGGCCUGCCAUCUCAGGAGCCUGGGGUCAUCAUAGAGCUGUACAACAGCGUGCUGCAGUUUCUUUCGGAUGCGGCAUCCUCAGAGCACCUUUGUGACUUGUCUUGGCCUGUUACCGAGUUUGCAGAGCCUGGGGGUAACAAGCUGUUGCCCCACCUGCAGUGGAACAUGCCUGAUCACCUGGCCUGGCUGAAGAAGGCUGUGCUGACCUUCCAGAUCCCUUACCUAGAUCUGCCUCCAUUAGGUGCUCCUUGGCGUCCUGUUUGCCACAUGAUUUUUCAGUAUGUGUCUCAGAUUGCUAGUUCUUCCCAUACUCAACCACUGAUCCAGUCUCAAGUGGAGAAUCUGCUGAGCAAAACUUACCAGAAGUGGAAAAACAGAACAUCUGGGAACUCUGAUGAAGAUGGACCUUCUGUUGAUGAGAUCCCUUGGGAUGGUAUCUUGGCAGUCUGCAUUGAUCAUAAACUGAGAGACUGGAAACCACCCAAACUGCCUAUUGCUCCAGAAGCAGUAAGUGAAGAUGGUCAGAUUCGUGUGUACUUCUUCAAGGAGCAUCUAAAGAACUUCACUCUCCCUUUUUCAUGGGAACAGGCCAGACUGCGCACACAGGAGGAGAUCCGGCAAGGCCACAAAAGGUCAAGGGUAAAAUCUUCCGACUCUUUUAAGAAACCCUGUAUCAUCUCCAUGAUGCCAGGCCAAUACGGUUCUGGCAUGAGCACGCUGUCAGGUCAAGAAAAGAGCAUUCCCAAUGCAGAUGAAUUCACAGACACAGCCUCGGCCCAGGAGCUUCUCCCGGAGCGUCUGUUGGCACAGUUGCAACUGGAGAAACUAGAGAACAGGAGGUUUGAAGAACAGUUGCACCAAUGUCUAUCUGAGGACAUUGAGCCCCUUGGUGGUUUCGUAGGUCUUCCUCUCUACCUCCCCCAGUCUCUGGUCUCCACCCCAACUGUCACCUGUCCGUUGAUGAAGAGUCCUGCGUCAUCUGCUCGAGAGGCUGGGAGUCAAGAGGGAUGCAAGCUUUUGGUGGAGGAGGUAAGCCCCACACUGUCGGAUAGACUGAAACAUUUGCAGCGGCUCCUCAGAGCGAGCAAGGAGGGUGAAGUUGCCUCCGAGCUCCACCUAUCUGCUCUGGUGGACAUGGUGGAUAUUUGAGCAGAGGUGAGACACGUGUGCAGACCAAGAGACUUGGUAAAGAAAUCCAGGGCUGGGUGAUUGAACAGAUAAACCCCUGGGGCGUGUUCCAGAAAAAGCAGGUGUCCUCCUGGGAGAAGAACAGAGCAGACCUGGGGCCUGGGUCCUUCUCAUGUGGCUGCCUUGCACAGAGACGGUGUGUCGUGGCUAGCUGUGUCCCUUUGGCUCACUGCUGAGCUUUGCCUGGUCUGGGCCUCCCUCCUUUUCUGCUUCACAGGCACAGAGAUGAGUCAUUCUUUUCUUGGAAAGCCUUAAAUUGACACUCUGGUUUUUUCUUUCUACCAGCUCUCAUUGGGUAAACAUAGCUUCACCAGGAGAAAACUAUAAGGUAGCAGGGGCCCCUGGGAACAUUAGAGCAAUUGCUCUCCAUAGUCACAGUCCCCGAGAUGUUGUCCCAGCUUUGUGCUCGCCUGCUUCAUGCAGAAGCUACCUUGCAGCAGCACUGUAGUUUGAAGUUGCUGUUUUGCUGCCCAGGAAUGUCAAUACUGUCAUUCUCGAGUCGGUGCAACAACUUGGCUGUAUUUUGUACUUAAUGAUGCUCGAUGCAAAUCCAGCAGGAUUUUUGUGUUGCUGGGCCCAAAUUUUAUUGUAUUGAAUAUUUACGGCAUUAAAACCAGUGAGUUGCUUAUUCUACAGAUUAAUUGUCGUGCUGGAAAGCAGGACGUUUGUUUCAGUAAACAGCUAUGGAGAAACGAUUUUCCUAUUUUGGAAGAGCAGAUCACCUGCAUUCUCCAGUAUUUAAAAAGCUGUGGCUUUGAAAGCUGAAGACCUUUGUUUUUAGUUUAAUAUUGAUUCCCAGUAAAUAGUAGGAAGAUGUACUUCAUGUCUGCAGUACUCCUGUACAAGUAAUCUUUUUUUUUUAUUACAGUAUCAGCAGAUUUUUCUCAAACUUCUGCCUGGUGAAAUACAAAUUACUGCAGCUUUGGGGGUGAACGCUGAUUAACUUGCCUGCCAGAGACGAGUUGUCUGACUUGCUUCUAAUUUCAUUUGAAACUCUCAGUAGUCCAAAUCUGUCAGCUACCUUCUAAAAAAGUAAUUUUAUAGUGUUUUUUUUAAUAGCAUUUGUAUUAUCUCUCUUAAACCUAGAAUAGCAAUAGUAGGUUAAUAUUAAGUUGAAAUAAGAAAUUUGAACUGAAGAAAUUAUGCUUUGAGGCUGUUCAUGCCACAUGCUGAGUUGCGUUAACUUUCACUGCAUGCAAAGCGAAGCCUGCGUGCUGCUCUCUGCCAUGCUUUACCCCUGUGCUGCUGUUGAUGUGCUCAGAUUACCUGGAAUUCAGCUGUAAAAACCCAAAAAUGUUUUGGGAUGUGGUUCACACCAUCUGAUGUAAAUGUGUUUUGUACGUAAUAAAUUUUUAGUGGCUUGAAAU